ACGUCAGUGACUCCCACCUGCAACUGAUCUGCUGGUUAUAAGUAGCCAUGAAUUGCCUUGCAGAUUGCAGGCAGUGUAGCCAACCAGGGCCAGGCAAAACCAAACUCCUGACUCCUUUAAGCUAAUCAGCUGGUUCUGGGGGGACCUCAUUAGCAAAUGAAUGUGGAAAAAAAGAAGACUGCAAAAUUCAGCUCCCUUCCACCAUGCCCAAAGCAUUCCUGCUGCUGGCUGGUGCCCUGGUGCUACCUGGGCUUGUGCAAGGAGUCAUGCUGAGAAAUGAAGAAAAAUGGAAGCCCCUCAACAUUCCUAGAAACCGAGAUCUGUUUUUUAGAACUCUUCAGGCAUAUUUUAAACGAAGAGGUCUUGACCUUGGGAGGUUUUCAGAUACUUUCUCCAUGAACGAGAAUCCCAGGCCUCUCUCUUUCCAGUCAGAACUUAUUGCUUCUGCAUUUGCAGAUUAUGAACAACAGAAAAACUCCCUCUCCAAUUACCUCAAAGGCUGACUGUUUCCUCUGAGUGCAGAAGUCUGGUGGUUUUAAAACUACAGAUGAAGCUUCUCACUAGAAAAAUUCAGUCUUGAUCAUGGCUAAGUUUUUGUGUGUGUUUCCCUCUCCACUUUUAUCAGUCUGUUAUGAUUUUAUUCUGUAUUUCCAGAUUUACAUGUAAAUAGUUUGAGCUUUGGGACAUAUGUGACUUAUGUGCAUGGUUUUUUUCCCACUCAAUAAUCAUAGAUAUCAAUAUAGCACUGCAUAUAUUUGCAAGGGUUACAAAAACACCAUAAAGUCAAAGGAAAUUCCUUUCAGCUGUGUUCUAUGUUUCUUUUUUAUCAUCAGUGUUUUUAUUUGAAAGGGACAUUGAUCAUUUUUACUUUAGUUAAUUAUCUGUAACAGGAAUUUGGGUUUAAAAUGUAUCUUUUUCCUACAAAGAAUAUACAUUUCUAUUAAAAGACCACACAGUCUUAGUUUCAUAUCAAGAGAGAGUAAGUAAUGAAUAUCCACAAUUAAGUUGAAAUGGAAGACAAAGAAACAUGGGAUUUUAGGAGUUGCUCAGGCCUCUGGGAGAUGUUCUCUGCCAUGAUGUUCAGAGGUGUACAUUGUGCUAUAGCAGAUAUCUUGGUUUAGUCUCUUAAGUCGUUUCUGACCUGCAACCCCAUGGACUGUAGCCUGCCAGGCUUCUUUGUCCAUGCGAUUCUCCAAGCAAGAGUACUGGAGUCGGUUGCCAUUUCCUUCUCCAGGGGAUCUUCCCAACCCAGGAAUCGAACCCAGAUAUCCUGCAUUGCAGGUAGAUUCUUUACCAACUGAGCUACAAGGGAAACCCCACAACAGAUAUCUUAGGAACCUACAACCAUAGGAAGGGAGGGUAGAUACAGGCAGAUUUCCCUUCUUUCAUAACCAGUGCUCUUCCUCCACCAGCCCUCCCCAACUCAGGCUGAAUUGGUCUGAUUCUCAUAUUCUUAUUUGUAACAGCUACUUUUCUUUAUGAAGGGCUGUAUCAUUUUUUCUGAUUUCUGCAAAAAAAAAAACAAAAAACAAAAACAAAAACUAUACAUCGUGCCAGAAGCAAACAUUGUAAUCCUAAUGACACUAGUCUGUACAUUCCAAAGUAGUUUUAUGUGGCUUUUUUUGGUGGAUGAUUGAAUAUGAAUAAUAAAAUAUGCAAGAACAGGUUA